AGACUUACAAGUUUAUUAUAUCAUGGGUGUUACAACCGUCGCAGGGCUUUCUCGCCGCUUCGCUGGCUUAAGUCUUUCUAAUAGUAUUUUUACUUUUAUCCAAUGGAAAUGGAGUUGGCUUGUCGGAAAUAAUCUUGACAAGGCACGAAGUAUUUUAUCGAAAUUAGCAUGGUUCAAUGCUCUCGGGAAUGACAUACGCCAUAGACUAUAUAAGGUAAUAUCCGGAGCCAAAUACGCAGGCAUUCUACGUUUAAUGGCGCUAUUAGUCGGAAUAGAUGGAUUUCGUAGUGCUUCCUCAUCCACGAUCACGCCCAUUUUGUUUGGUAUCAUGCAAUUUAUGUUGUCUCAGGGUGCACACAACUGGUCCGGGUUGACGCGAGAAGUUAAAGAUUAUAUAUCCAAUCCUUCUGCCCAGCGAAAAUACACCUUCAUACAGAGUCAGCCGACUUUAGUUUACGGUGUUCAAGCCGCCCCAUUCCGGGUGAUCAUCAUCGGGGGAGGCUUGACUGGUCUUACUGCAGCAAUAACACUAGCUGAGAAGGCUAACUUUGGCGUUGAGAUCCACGUAUAUGAAGGACGAUAUCAGAAAACCGGACGCAAUUCGAUGUUUUCCUUUGCUGACUGCUCUGGAGAGGAAUGGCGUCGAGGUCAAGUUGUGACGUUGCGGGACGAUGUCAUGGCUUUACUACACCCACGAACACAACGUGCUCUUUCAGGGAAACAUCAAGACCAGGUUUGGCCCAAUUCAAUUAGCCUUCGGAUAGGAAAUAUCGAGGAUCGCCUGCUUCACCGGAUUCAAGAUACUGAUUUUCAAGAUAUUGUCUAUCUUCACCCAGAAAGCCUAGAUGAGGAAGGACUCAACAACAACAUCGGCGACUUUCACUUGGUGCUUGGCGCAGAUGGAGCUGACUCUUGGGUACGAGAAGCAUACUUCCCGAACGACGAUGUCAAACGUGGGAGCAGCGUAAUAUUUGCCAUUGAAAUCUCUCGUAAGGAUCCACUACCAUUGUCCCAAUCUAUGAAUGUCAUUUUGUCCAUGUCACAGUCACGCUACCUACUCAACGUGAGUAACCAGAACGAAGACAGCAGUUUUAGCAAAGGGUAUCUUACGAUUCAUCUAACAAAAGAUGAGUUAAGUCAACAAUGUACCGAAUGCGGUGAGUACUGUAUGUACUUUGGAAAUCCGUGCUCUUCUUCCGACUUGGGCUGCGGCCUGGAUUGCGACUGGGACUUGCCAUCCAUAGAUCCGGAGAACCUGCAACUUCCGCGCCUGAUCCAAGACGGGCUUACACUAUACGGGUUAAAUGAAGAUGAUAAGGCUUCCGACAUAUUUCCAAUAUCAAUCGAUGUAAGAGGAGUGAGCAAUGCAGCCAAAGCGGUGCUAAGGAGUGGGGAGUUAAGUCACUAUCGACCACAUUUCCUAGUUGCACUGGCUGGUGAUGCUGCAAUGACUAGCCAUUUCAGGAAGGGACGAGGCGUGAAUAAUAGUAUCAAAACUGCGAUCGCGUGGGCAGACGAAGUUACCCAUUCACUGCGCUACGGAGAACUCGCCGAUUUACAUCCACAGGCUCUUCAAGGCUACAAUAGCUUUCUACAAAGCCUCAUGCGCCGAGAACAUAACCACAGCCUAAAUAUCAUCGAGCGCUCAGCCGACCUUAACUCUCAAAGUAAGCAGAUAGGGAUAACUAAACUCAGCCACGAUUUGUCGAUGGCAGAGAUGAUGCACAAUGUUGAGGAAGCUUAUGAAACAUUACGACGGAAGACGGCGGACCCGUUGCCGCCAAAAGAAGACGUGCUAAAAGAUUCACACUCUAUUCUUUCGAAACUGUCGCAACCGACUUUACUCGAGAUGAUGGUAACAGGGAUGUGGCCGAAAGAUCUGACGGAAGAAUUGCUCCCUCCACAUUCUGCUUUAGCACAGCGAACUAGGAAGAGAAACCGUGAAGCUGAGGAGUCCGAGAUCAGAUCUAGUAAAUACCCUAGAUACAUAAGAGAAUUGGGUAUUCGGACGGAUCUAUAAUGUAUAGGAGCUGUUUGUUCUCGAAGUUUUUGGUCCCAAUAACAUACGUGUCUAGGAGGAUGUUGGCUUAGAGGGUAGGUAGAAAGCCGAAUUAGAAAUAAUCA